AUGUUUGCGAAGACAUCCCUCGCCCUUCUGGCCGGGCCAACGAUCCUGGCCUCCGCCUUCCCAGAGAUCGCCCGCAUGGUCGCAGAAAAGCGUAUCCAAGAGCGCCAAACAACUCCCCAGAUCAUCCCAUUCCCAGAAUACCCAGGCACCCCCAACCACGCCCUGUUCGACCAAUUCGACCCCGCCCUCCAACUCGUCAACACAACUGGCGAGCACGAGUGGCGCGCCCCGGGCCCAGGAGACAUCCGCGGUCCCUGUGCCGGCCUCAACGCCGCCGCAAACCACGGCUACAUCCAGCGUGAUGGUGUCGUUGAUGCUGCGAGUAUCAACACCGGGCUGUGGCAAGCCUUCGGUCUCGACAAGACCGCUACCAUCUUCCUCGAGACGGCUACUGCAUUCUUCAACGGCGACCCCAUUUCCGGGCGCUGGAGCAUCGGCCCUCACUCAGACAAAACCUCCUCCCUGCCCCCUCUCAUUGGCGACGCACUCGGCAACGAAACAGGCAUCUGCGCCUACGGCCAUCUCAGGAGUGAGGGUGACGCGAGUAUAACACGCGGAGACUGGCUCGCCCCCGAAAUGAACUCAAACUGCCGCUCCUACCCACAAUACAUGCAAGAGCUCUUCGACCUCGCCAACACGCGCGCAAACGGGCUCAUCACACCGCGCGUGCUGGCUGAGCACUCGAACAACCGCAAGAAGCACAGCAUCGCCACGAACCCCUUCUACUUCAGCCCGGCGUACGCUGGCGUGGCGUUUACCUUUGGCGCGCACAUGUUCGCGUACCACCUGCUCGCCAACCACAGCGCCGAAUCACCACGCGGAUUCCUGACGCAGGAUGUGUUUAUGGAUUUCUUCAGCUACAAGCGCGACGCCUCGGGUGCGUUGACGUAUAAAUACGGCUACGAGCGGAUUCCGGAUAACUGGUACAAGCGACAUCCCCUCGACCCCUGGACGCUCGCAGACAUUGGCAUCUCGACCGCCCAGCAGUGCGCCGCGUACCCGCUCAACUGCCAAGUCGGCGGCAACACGGGCGCGGUGAACAGUUUCUCGGGCGUAAAUCUGGGCGACAUCACGGGUGGGCUCAUCAAUUUCGCAGAGGACCUCAACGACCCGAAGAAAAUGGGGUGCUUCAUUGCGCAGGCGGUGCAGGCGGAUACGCCGUCUUUCUUGAGCAAACUUCUCGGCGGCGCGGCUUUGACGGCGGCGCUGGCCGCGGUGGAUAGUAGGCUGGGUCCCGCGGUGCAGCCGCUGAAGGAUCUGGGAGGUGGGUGUCAGGGCGUGCCCGCGGGCAGGAGUAUGUUCGACUAUGGGAUUAAUUUCCCGGGGGCGGCGCUUGAGACUGAGGGGCCGAGGUCGGGGCAGUGA